AUGGCCGCCAAAAAGUCCGCCAGACCUCCUACGCCGGAGAGCUCGAGUAGCGCGUCGAGCAGGUCGAGCUCCCCUGAGACAACCAAAAAGUCUACGAAGCCGGAGGAAUCAGAUGAUUCGAGCUCGGAAGACGACAGCGCAGGUAGCUCCGGGAGCGACUCUUCGUCGUCCGAAGACGAGAAGCAGGACCAUGCGACGAACGGACAGUCCAAGGAUAAACACUCCUCCAAGCUCGCCUUCCUCCCACCCCAACCCUACAAGCCCCCCACCGGAUUCAAGGCCGUCAAAAAGCAAUCUCCCCCGUCCUCAACCACCACCUCCCUCCUCUCCGACCUCCGCGGCAAGCAAGUCUUCCACGUCACGGCACCCUCCUUCCUCCCCAUCCACAAAGUAAAGGAGAUCUCCCUCGCCAAGGCCCUACAAGGCGAACCGAUCCUCACCCACGACGGCGUUCAGUACGGCAUCCCCGCCGACAGCACCGGCCAAGACGACACAGCGGGCAAAUCGCUCGCCCUCUACGACCCCAAGACCCAAACCUACCGCCCCUCGCCCGCGACGAACAUCAAGAGCUUCCACGUCCAAGAGCUCAUCCACAUCCCUGCGCGAUCCCAGGACGCAGACCACGAUGUGGUGCUGGAGGCUGCGCGCGAACAGGUCAAGCCGCCGCGCAAGCAGCCCUCCAACCUGAAAAUGCGAUUCCGUCCUGUCGGCAGCGGAGACGCACCCGCUGAGACGCUGGGUUCGAGUGAUGACGAAUCCGACGCUGAGCAGCAGCCGGCGCGCACGGCCCGCGAGGAGAAGAAGAAGAGAAAGCUUCACCAGGCGGAGGAGGAGGAGAGCCUGCCGGCUGCUGGUUUGCCGAGGAAGAAGUCGAAGAAAAUCUCUUCUUCACAGGAUGCGGGCGAUGGCGAGAAGGUGAAGAAGUCGAGCAAGAGCCGCGAGGAGAAGAAGCAGAAGAAGUCGAAGAAGUCGGCUUGA